GCGUGUGUAGACGUUUUCGCGAAGUAUCUGUGCCGGUGCAGAUAAAUUUUUGAAAAUAACAGUUAAUUAAACGAUAAAUAAUCGCGUUUAUAAUUAAAAUAUGUUGUGAAUAUUAUUGCUAAUAUAGAUAUUAUCGUAUCAAUGUAAAACAACAUGAAAUAGAUGGUAGUUUUGUUUAGAGAUGAUUGAUGUGUUUUAAUGGAUUAGAUUAUCGUUCGUUGUAAUUAUGGUGACGCAAAAAUAGGAUCAAAAUCUCAUCGUCGGUUCUACAGUUAGUGGUGUAUCCUAGAAUUAGCAGAAUUUCAGCCUCCCGGAAGGUGCAGUUUUAGAGUAGCUCAUUAUCCUAGCUAUAUUCGAGGGAUUUUGCACUGUACUUGAACGUAAUCCGUAAUAUACGAUUAGGAUUUUCUCCUCGAGUGUCUGACACGUACAACAGCACCAGCCGUCGAGUUUUAUGCUCAGCAGUGUAUAGCGAGAGUACAAUUGCUCCAGUGUAGGGAUUCAGGAGUCUACCUCUUCUGCUUCUUUCACGGGAUUAUUAAUGUGAGAGGUAGAUUGUUAAGCUUAAAAGCAUCUCGAGUUAUGUCAAGAAUAUCCAGAGUGCUAAUGUCACCUGAAGAAGGUUAGGGAAUUUAAAUAAAGAAGAAAAUUAAUUUCAUGAUAAAACGAAGAUGCAUUAGACGAUCUAGGAUUGAUUAAUGCUUGAAGGGGUAAUCUCUAAUGAAACGUUGAAACGUCGAUGGCCAGUAAAGUCUGUCUAUCAAUCUGGCUUUGACAUUGGAGUUGAACACGAAUUUACGAUCAGCCAGAACUUUAUCCAGUGGACAGACUAAUUUACCAAAUUACACGAUAUAAAAAAUUAUACGUUUAAAUGUUAGAUUAAAUUUGUGGUUUUUCAUAAUUCUAUGAUUUUUCAUUAUAAAUGCAUUAUAUGUAAACCAGUGAUCAGUCAUUACCUUGCUCUUUAAUCAUAACGUCAUUUAGCUCGUGAGUAUUUUGCGUGUCACAGUGUUUGUCUUUGUCAAGUGUCAAGUGCUUUAUAGACAUUAAUUGUGAAAGUCAUAUAACGAUUCAUCUGAAAACUCUGUUGAGAAUUCUGCCACGGAAAACAACAUUUUAUCUACGAGUGUGACAACUAAAAUUUUCAUCGGUUAACAAAUCACUAAAAUAUACAUCAGAUUCCAUUGUGUCAUUUAAUUGCUGUGGUAUCAUCAUUUGUUAGGAGAUUGAAAAAAACUGAGAAAUGGUGUUUAGUGACUAACGAGUGCUCAAUAAGAAGUAGUGAUUGUCGCGGUGCGACAUAAGUCCAAGAAAAAUCACAUCAUGAAAGAAAAUCGUCAAAGAUGGCUACGAGCCAUUUGGCCACUGAUAGCCGUACUUUGUCAUCAAUCAGAGUGUGCGGCCAAGAGUGGAAAUGGCGGUUCAGUGAUAGAGCAUCAUCCGUCUUCCUACUGGGAACCACCCUUCAGUCAGCCAUACUUUGAUAACACGACGAGACGAGAGACAACGACAACUGUUGGUCAAUCUGCCUAUCUUUACUGUAGGGUUCGCAAUCUUGGUGAUCGUGCUGUGUCUUGGAUACGCAAGAGGGAUCUUCACAUUUUGACUGUGGGAAUCUUAACAUAUACCAACGACCAGAGGUUUCAAGCCAUGCAUAGUGAUGGAAGUGAUGAGUGGACACUUAAAAUUACGUCUCCGCAAAUACGAGAUAGUGGAACUUAUGAGUGCCAAGUAUCAACAGAACCAAAGAUAAGCCAGGCAUAUAAAUUAAAUGUAGUAGUGUCAAAAGCAAAAAUUAUGGGAAAUUCUGAGCUUUACAUUAAAAGUGGAAGCGAUAUCAAUCUCACUUGCAUCGUUUUACAGACACCUGAGCCGCCGUCCUUCAUUUACUGGUAUAGAGGUGAGCACGUGAUAAACUACAGUCAACGGGGAGGAAUCAGUGUCGUCACUGAAAAACAGACCAAGACCUCUCGUCUGUUGAUUUCUCGGGCACUCCCAGCAGAUUCUGGCAAUUACACCUGUGCUCCAUCUACAGCAGAGUCAGCAAGUGUCCUGGUGCACGUGCUUAAUGGAGAGCAUCCAGCAGCAAUGCAACAUGGAAACUCAAGCAGCAGUGGUGCGGCGACAUGUACUCUGGCUCUACUACUGAUAUUCCUUCAUGCUGGCUCAUUCGUAAGGUGACUGAUCAGUGACAGGCCGUAAUCACUAAUUCCGACAAAUUUUGGACAGUGAUUAUGUGAUUUAGGAACUCUUUUCUGGCCUAGUUUUGGACAAGAGGUGGUAUACUGCCGUCUAAUCGACAAUUUAUCCAAGUGUAUGACAUGAAUUCGACAGAAAAGCUCGUCAGGUGUGUGUAUCUCUCUACUGCUUGCGUCAGCUGGAUUCCCAUCAUGUACAACACUCACGAAGCAUCGAUCUUCAUUCAAUCCACGUACGUCCUGAUGUUUGCUUGAAAUAAUCAGACAAGUUUGAUUAAUUAUGAGAAAUAUAAGUCUUACCACUUCCUGUUACUCAUUAAAUUCUUUCACAAUGCAUCUAUUAUAUCGCGUUAAAUUAAAAGUUGCAUCAAACUCUAUUCUUAACAGAGACAUUUUUGGUGUAAAAAAUUCUUCAUUGUCAUUGUUAUUAUUAAUAAUACAGGCUUAUGUAAUAAUUCAAAGAUGCAUUAACAAAGUAUAAAAUAGUCGAAUAGAGAAAAAAAAAAUUUGUAAAUAAAAAUUUUUAUAUUUUGUUGAAUUUUUAUUGGA